UCAGCGUCAUCGUUGAUGGGUCUCGAUAGCCGGGCUUCGUCUUCCCCACCUCACCUCGUCAACCUUCAUCCGCUUACAUAUGGGAGGUGGAAUACCGUCGUCAGCAAAAUCAUUACCAUGUAGACAUCAGUCUCGAAGAUUACCUUGCGAUUUUCUAAACAUAUCAAUUCGUUGACUAUCAUCUGGUGAAGUUACGCUCGAAUUGAUCUGCAUUGGACAACGACUUAGGAAUGGCUAUCACGGAAGAGGAUCGUAAACGAAUGGGCACUGUGGAUCCGGAGCUGGCAGAGGCUUUGAAAACCCAGCCAUUCCCCGACCUCACCGGCGGCGACCCCAACGCCACUCGAGGGGUAGCAAUUCGACAGAACAGGGCAGCGCAUCUCGCGAAGUUGCGACACCUCUACCCCAUCCCUGGACCAAUUCCAGAGCAGGUCUCUGAAAGUCUACACCAGGUGCCCGCGCGUGAUGGUGCAGGCAUUCCUGUGCGCAUAUAUGUGCCGGUGAACAGGCCUGCCAGCGGAAGUCCGCUGAUACUCAUGUUCCAUGAAGGCGGGUGGAGCAUGGGCGAUCUCAGUGAUGAAGAUCAGAAUUGCAGGCUAUUCACUCGGGACCUGGGUGCAGUCUGUGUCAACGUCGACUAUCGUCUGGCUCCAGAGCAUCCGUUCCCUGCAUGUGUGAAUGAUGCAUGGGACGUCGUAAAGUGGUGUGCGCAGAACGCCUCUCCAGGCUCCUCUAUCUUACCGGCCGAUCCUAAACAGGGCUUCGUCGUAGGGGGUGCAUCGGCUGGCGGCAAUCUAUCGGCGGUGGUGUGCCAGCUCGGCCGGGAUGAAGGCCUCAGCCCUCCACUAACGGGACAGUAUCUCUGCGUACCUUCCCUUCUAUGGGCCAGCUCCGCCGACGCCGUUCCUGAAAAGUACAGGGCCGAGUUUCGAAGUCGCUUUGAGUCCGCUUCCGACCCCAUCGUCAAGCCGUACAAUGAAGCGAGCAACGCUCGAAUGAUGCAAACCCUGGCUCCUGACCUGAACUCGCCGUUGUUCAGCCCUCUGCUGCAUCCGAACCUGGGCGACCUUCCACCUGCCUUCUUUCAGCUGGGCGGAUUGGACCCGCUCAGGGAUGAAGCGUUGAUCUACGAGCGAGAGCUGAAGGAGAACGGGGUGUUGACGAAGAGCAUUGUGUACUCCGGAUUCGGGCAUAUGUUCUGGACAAAUUGGCCAACAAUGCAGCGAAGCAAAGAGUUCGUGCAAGACACUGCACAAGGAGUUCGAUGGUUGUUGGAGGUUGGGAAAGCGAGGUGAGCAGAGGCAUGUGCAGGAGGCGAGAGGCAGGCGCGAGCGCAAAGGGAAAACGUGGGCAGGAUUCGCCUCACUUCUGGAGUUUGUACGCGAUUUCAGAAGCCAUCAAGAUCCCACCACUCCUGAGCGCUCGUGGGAGAGCGUGGCUGCGAACCACGACAGCAGCAUGGCGAAGACGUUGGUAGGAUGCAUUUGCAUAUCUGAAGUCUGCACGCGAGUUUGACAGCAAUGAGCAGCAUACCAGCCCCUUUCGUGAUAGAUCGUCCCCGCGAACGUCGAAGUUGCAUGGCAGGAGUUUGGGUUAGG